AGCUCCGGACUCAGGUUCCCCUCCCAUAAAUCCCCUAGGAAAAGCUCCACUGACCCCGGGAUCCCUGAGGCCAGAAAGACCGUUCUAAUUCCCUACGGACCAGUUCACCCACCGCUGGCAGAGUCGGGACACGUGGGGCUUUGCUUUCUGGUGGAUCUUGGUCUCCCUCGGCCACCGUAGCGCGGCUAGGCGGCCCGCUGCUGCAGGAGCUCUGGGUUCCGUAAGGACUUAAGGAAGCGGGGCCGGGGCUCUGCGGCCGCCAUGGGCAAUCUGUUCGGCCGCAAGAAGCAGAGCCGCAUCACGGAGCAGGACAAAGCCGUCCUGCAAUUGAAGCAACAACGGGAUAAAUUGAAGCAGUACCAGAAGAGGAUCACCCAACAACUAGAGAAGGAAAGAGAGAUUGCCAGGCAACUUCUUCGUGAUGGAAAGAAAGAAAGAGCAAAGUUACUGCUUAAGAAGAAGCGUUAUCAGGAACAACUGUUGGAUAAGACAGAAAACCAAAUCACAAAUCUGGAAACUAUGGUUCAAAAUAUUGAGUUUACCCAGAUUGAAAUGAAAGUGAUUGAAGGCCUGAAGUUUGGAAAUGAGUGUUUGAAUAAAAUGCAUCAGGUCAUGUCCAUAGAAGAAGUAGAAAGAAUAAUAGAUGAAACCCGGGAUGCUGUGGAGUACCAGAAGCAAAUUGAUGAGCUCUUGGCUGACAGCUUUACUCAAGAAGAUGAAGAUGCCAUCUUAGAGGAACUGCAUGCAAUCACUCAGGAACAAGUAGAGCUUCCAGAAGUUCCUUCAGAACCACCUUCGGAGAAGAUUCCAGAGAAAACAGCCAUGAAGACAAAGCCAAAACAGUCAGAACUGGUAGCAGCAUCUUAACCUUCUUUCCUCCCCCACUGGGGCCUUGAAGGGAAUUCCUAAUGAACUGUGACCCCCAGAGGGUUCAGAUUCUCAGUCCCAGGAAUGGGCACGCCCUGGAACUCUCCUGGACUGGGAAGGGCAGAGCAAAGCAAAGUGGACAGGGGUAUGCCAACUGCUCAGCAGCACAUUUAUUGCUCUUAUAUCAAGAUUCUUUUUUUCUAGAGCAUUUUUUUCCUGGUAUUUUAAUGUUGGAUGCACUUUAGUAGUGCUCUCUUUCUCUCAUCUCUGGAUUAAAUGGUGACUUGCAAACUUUUCAAGCCAAAUGCUAUUGCUAAAGGUUGUGAUUUCCAUAAUGGUCAAGCCCCAAUCACAACACUCUUGGUGCUGUAUUUACACUACCUACCCCAGAACUUGUGAUGUGCUUGAAGGACUCCCUUCUCCAUAGACCUUUUCUAAGAGUUUGACUACAUUGGGAAGGAGCAGAGAACUCUUCCUUGAGUAGUCCCACCACCAAGAGGAGGAGAGGUCAUUUGGAUUGGGUUCCUUUUGAUUGGAUUCUGUGGGACUGGAGGAAGUCCCCAUAAACAGCGCCUUUCUGUGCUGCUCUUCUUUGGCACUCCAGC